GCGCGCUACUGAUUGUGUGAACGUUUAAACACUGACAGCCUCUAUAACAACAACAUUUGGAAACCUGGGUACCCGUUGUUGACUCUUCAGUACCUUUGAGGAAUCAGUAAGUACUCGGAAGCUUCAAAGAUUGAGCUUACCAAGAUGUAUAUCAAGUCAGUGGUCAUUGAUGGAUUCAAGAGUUAUGGACAGCGGACAGAAAUCAAUGGUUUUGAUCCUCUCUUCAAUGCCAUCACAGGACUCAAUGGAUCUGGCAAGUCUAAUAUUUUGGACUCCAUCUGCUUUCUCCUCGGUAUUACUAAUCUAAGCCAGGUUCGUGCCACAAAUCUGCAGGAAUUGGUGUACAAGAAUGGACAGGCAGGUGUUACCAAGGCAACAGUCUCCAUCACCUUUGACAACACAGACAAGAAGCAAAGUCCAAUUGGUUAUGACCACUACUCAGAGGUCACCAUUACCCGGCAGGUUGUCAUUGGUGGACGCAACAAAUACAUGAUCAAUGGCAGCACAGUACAGAAUAGUCGUGUGCAGGAUUUCUUCCGAUCUGUGCAGCUCAAUGUCAACAAUCCACAUUUUCUCAUUAUGCAAGGACGCAUCACCAAGGUGCUCAGCAUGAAGCCUCCUGAGAUCCUGGCCAUGAUAGAGGAGGCAGCUGGGACCCGCAUGUAUGAGGCCAAGAAACAGCAGGCAGAGAGGACCAUUGAAAAGAAGGAUGCCAAACUGCUGGAGAUGAAUACUAUCUUGGCUGAAGAGAUCAACCCAACACUUAGCAAACUAAAGGAAGAGAGAUCCAUGUUCCUUGAGUAUCAAAAGGUACAGAGGGAGCUGGAACACCUGUCCAAAUUAUACAUUGCCUACAAGUUUGUCACGGCACAGGAAACAAGUGAGAAGGUGCAGGGAGGCCUGGAUGAGGUGAAGCGUGAGAUGGAAGAGCUACAGCAGAAGAUGAGUGAUGGUGCAGUGGAGAUCAAGAAGCUUGAGAAUGAGAUAAUUGUUUUGCAGGAACAACGUGAUAAAGAUACUGGGGAGCAGCUCCAGAAGCUAGAGAAGAUCCUGAAAGAGAAGGAGAAGGAGCAUGUUAUGAAGUGUGCCUCCCAGAAGAACUUGAAGGAGACACUCAAGGCUGAGGAAAAAAAAAAAAAGCAGCUGGAAAAGUCUCUUGCUGAUGACAAGAAGGUGAUGGAGAAGCAGAAGGCAGAAGGUGAUAAGCUUCAGGGCAAAUUUGAUGCCAUGCGUGCCCAAGACCAGGCAGACGGUGAGGCGCUAGCAGCAGCUGAACGCCGGCUGCAGGCUAUCAGCUCCGGCAUGUACUCGUCUGGCGAUGGGGAAGAUGCUACACUGCAGGAACAGCUGAUCAGUGGAUACUCGCCUAGCCUUGUUUGUGGUCGCCUUGUGUUCCUCAGACACUGCCUUAAUCAGAGAUGUUUCAAUAAUUUAGCUCCUGCCUCUCAGUUUGGCUCCCUUGUGUAUCUCUUCCUGGAGAAUGUUGGAGAGUGUACCUCGAGACGAGAGCAGGGUGAUGUUCUGAGGGCGACGCCACCACGCUCCUCACCUUAUAAGGACCUGACCUCCCAGUUGGUGUUGCACCACCCACUUCCCAUCAGUCCAGGCGUACAGGGGCGGAGUAGAGAGGCCAACGUAGUCCUCUCCAAGGCCUUAUUCUGUGGGGACUGGAUUCAGGAGGCCCCUCCUCCUGAACAUUCCAGCCACCCCCAACAGUGGCGGUCUCCUUCCCCAGCAGCGGAUCUGAUGAGGCAAUUCCUGACCACGUGGCGUGUGCAGCUCUUCCUGGAGAAUGUUGGAGAGUGUACCUCGAGAAGAGAGCGGGCUAUUCAUGGGUGCCAAACAGACUACUGUGUUAGUACUCAUAGUAUGUCACCCUGGCAGAGCCAGUUGGAGUCCCUGGAUUACAAUGACAGUCGGGUGGAGGAGUUGGAAGAGCAACAGCGCAGGCUCAACCAUACCUUAGUGAACCUCCAAGAGAAGAUUGACCGAUUUGAGUCAAGAUACCCUCAGCUGAGCUUCAACUACAAGGACCCAGAGAGGAACUUUGACCGAUCUUCUGUGAAGGGCUUAGUGUGUAAGCUAUUCACCUUACAGGACUCCUCCACUGCCACAGCCAUUGAGGUCAUUGCUGGAGGAAAGUUGUACAACGUCAUCACGGACACAGAGGUGACAGGCCAAAAGAUCCUGAAGAAUGGGAAGCUGGCAAGACGGGUCACCAUCAUCCCCCUCAACCAGAUAGCUGGGAGGUCCAUUGACAAUCGUACUGUGCAGCAAGCUGAGGCUUUGGUAGGCAAGGAGAAUGUACAAAUGGCCCUCUCCUUGGUGUGCUACGACUCAGAGGUGCACAAAGCCAUGGAAUGGGUGUUUGGCAGCACAUUUGUGUGCCGGGAGAUGGACUCAGCCAUGAAGGUCGCCUUUGACAAGAAUAUUAUGCGCAAGACUGUCACUCUAGAGGGAGAUAUAUUUGACCCUGCUGGAACACUAACAGGAGGUUCCAGGAAACAGGGAGGCUCCAUUUUGACUCAGCUAGACUCCAUGCGUGAGUUCCAGAAUGAACUGAACACGAAGACCAAGCAGCUUGAUGAAGUGAAGCAGGAGCUGCACCACCUCCAGAGAAAUGCAGACAAGUAUUCAUCUGUGAAGCAACAGUACACCCUUCGUAGCCAUGAGCUACAAUUGUGUCGGCAGCGCAUUGAGCAGAGUACCCACUACCAGCACCAAGAGGAGAUCAAAACCCUAGAGGAAACCAUAACUGAAUGUGUGGCAACCCUUGAGAGGUGCAAGCAGGUGGAUGUGGAAGGGGUGGCCAAAGUGAAGGAGAUUGAGAACAAGAUCAAGAAUGCUAAGGCCGUUAAAGAACAGGAAAUGAAAGCUGCCAAAGCAGAGCUAGAAAAGUGCAAGAAAGUGGCAGCCGAGACCAGGAGUAAGUGGAAUCUCAUGAAGCAGGAUGAAGAGAGCCUCAAACUUGAGUUACAGGAAUUAGAACAAAGCAUAGAGACAACACAGAACCAGAUUGCCACUUGCACUGAGGUAAUCCAACAAUAUGAAGAGCAGGAAAAGAGUCUAGCAGAACAGGUGGCUCUCAGCAAGGAUGAGGUGGAAGCAUCUCAAACAGCAGUAAAAGAAGCAAAGGAAAGAGUGAAUGCACAAAACAAGGAGAUUAAACACAUGGUAGCCCGUAAAGAGGAACUCGGGAAAAUGAGGGAUGAAGCCCAGCUUGCCAUCCAGCAGAUGGAACAUAAACUAUCAAAACUGAAGUCUGAAGCCAAGGAUGCAGAGAACCAUGUUAAACAGCUGCUCAGUGCUCACGAGUGGAUUGCUGAGGACCGCAAGUUCUUUGGCAAGCCAAACACUGGGUAUGAUUUCAGCGCUAAUGAUCCUGUGGAGGCAGGACGCAGGAUAACUCGACUGGAGGAGGCCAAGACAAAGUUGUCCAAGAAUGUUAACAUGAGAGCCAUGAACAUGCUGGGAAAGGCUGAGGAACAGUACAAUGACCUUAUGAGGAAGAAGCGUAUUGUGGAGAAUGACAAAGCCAAGAUUGAGAAGGUUAUUCUUGAACUGGAUGAGAAGAAGAAAGCAGCUCUGAGGCAAGCAUGGGGCCAGGUGAACAAGGACUUUGGCUCCAUCUUUAGCACACUCUUACCUGGUGCACAGGCCAAGCUACAGCCACCCGAGGGACAGGAUGUGCUUGACGGACUUGAGUUCAAGGUAGCAUUUGGGGAUGUGUGGAAGGAGAGCCUGACAGAACUGAGUGGUGGACAGAGGUCACUUGUGGCACUUUCCCUUAUUCUGGCACUGCUCCUCUUCAAGCCAGCACCCAUAUAUAUCCUAGAUGAGGUGGAUGCAGCACUUGAUCUCUCCCACACACAGAACAUUGGCAACAUGCUCAGGAUGCAUUUCAGACACUCACAAUUCAUCAUCGUGUCUCUCAAGGAUGGAAUGUUCAACAAUGCCAAUGUACUUUUCAAGACAAAGUUUGUAGAUGGCAUGUCAACUGUGAGUCGCCACACCCAGCAUGCUCAGCGGAAAAAGUGAAGCUCACAGUUAUGGUGUGUAGAAUAUGCCACUGUCUCUCGUACCUUAGAAGAAAUUUAUAAUAAAAUAGAAAAGAUGAGGGAAUAAAUUCCAAAGUGUGGUAGUACUCUAUGUUUUUACAGGAAGAAUAUAUAUAUAUAUAUAUAUAUAUAUAUAUAUAUAUAUAUAUAUAUAUAUAUAUAUAUAUAUAUAUAUAUAUAUAUAUAUAUAUAUAUAUAUAUAUAUAUAUAUAUGUGUGUGUGUGUGUGUGUGUGUGUGUGUGUGUGUGUGUGUGUGUUUAAUUAAUCUUUACACCCAAUACAAUUUAGACCUAUUUCAUACUAGAUCAAUUCCAUUGAAGUGGUAAUUUUUUCCUUCCUUCAUUUCCUGUCUCAUUAGUUUCUUUACAUAAAGGUGGUCCAUCCUUGUCCACUGUUCUUAUCUCUUGUAUAGAUAUCCUUUAUCUAUUACAUCAUUGUAUUUUGAUAGUGAUAAGUCAUCAUCAUAAUUUCAUUUAAUAGUUUUAUUUCACCACAUGGGAGUUGGAAGAUUUAUUAUUUGAUCUUUGAUUAUCAUUCAUCUCAUUUCUUCCAUGCACAUUCCUCCAAAUCUUUCCUCCUCCCAUUGGGAAGAAGUUAAAGGCUCUAAGUAGAAAUAACAUUUUAUUUAUAAUUGCAUUUGUUAUCGAUUAAAUUUAAUGGUAUUUAGUAUUUAGGCUUGAAGAGGUGAUAAGAUUUAGGAAUGAUAAAUGGACUUGUUAAACAAAAAAUGAAUUUGACAGGAUAAGUGUAACAAUGUUACUCUUUAGAAUAAAGAAUAUUUUUUUUU